CUCUUACCCGCUUUGGCCUCUGUCACUCGUUAUUCCUCUAUAGCCAAUAUGCGUUUCACUCUUUUUUACGUGGCUGCCAUUGCGGCAAGCCCUGCAUUUGCUAGCGUUUGCAAACCCCGUUCUUCAAGCGGUUCAAGUCAGUGAAACUCUUUGUGAUAAGACCAAGUGAACAUGUCUCACAUCCAUUCAGCCACCGCCUCCGUUGAGUCCGCCACUUCAGUCCUCACGUCUGCCACGAGCACCGAGCUUGAGACUACUGCUACUGCGUCAGCCACUUCUGCCGAUCUGUCUUCCACUAUUGCGACGUCAACCUCGAAUGAAGAGUCCACCACAGAAGUAGCAACCACUGCUACAGCGUCAUCCGCAGAGACCACCAGCCUCGAAGUAUCCGUCACUACCACCACGACCACUGAAACAACCACGAGUCAAGGAGCCUUUGAACCAAUUCCUACCUUCGACGUCAUCGGAAAGGGCGCCCAAGUCGACGGUCAAUAUCUACUAGGCUUCCAAUCACCUGGCUUCUUCGUCGGAUGGCAAUACCCAGCUACAAACUACCGCCUGACCUUUUCCAUCGAUGCUUCAACAAACCGUGUUCGAGAUGUAAACGGAAACACCUUAUGCAUUCAAUAUGGAGAAAACGGGAAUGCCAACUUGCUCUUAACCUGCAGCAACAAUAUGCUCAACCAACCAGACACCAGCCCCGUUAUCUGCGAUCAAACGCGCGAUCGAGUUCUCCAAUGUUCGGCCCCUGCCAAGGCCUGCACGUAUGACUUUGAGUCUGGAGAGACUACCUGCUCUACUCUUCCAGGGAUAUUUGACGAGUUCUACACGUACUCUGGCAGGAAUGAUGGGAUAUUUCUGGCGAUGGCUGGUGCUGUUAGCCCUGGUGCUAACUACCAGGCUGUCGAGCUCGGAAUUACACCCAACCAGUCGAAAUAAGACAGUAAUUAGCUUUGAGCGCUGUAAAUAUAACUUGUCAACAACUGGUAUGGUGAUGGCGUCGCGUGCAGCCAAACAGGAUAUCCCAUCGACCCACUUUCAUGAAGAUAUAUUAAGUGAAAUGAUUGUCAUAAUCUAUACAUAAUGC